UUUCACAUCGGACAGCAAAUAAGUCUUGUUACUUUGUGCCAAAUGGAGGGUCCUUAGCUCUCUCUCUUCCUCUCUCUCUCUGCCUGAGCUUCUUCUCUCUGCUCAACCAAAGCCGGAAAUCGAUCUUUUUCGUCAGCCACUGAUCCUCUACUUUCUUCAGGUUAGGAAGAAUUGGAGGUUUUGAAUUGACAAUUGGCAUUUUUAAUGUCACCUCCGCUGCUUGGUGUUGGAGAGGAGGAAGGUCAGAGCAAUGUCGCUUUACUGGCUUCCUCCGCCUCCGCUGACAGCUUAUGUCGCAACAGUUCUGAAUUGAAAGAGCGUAACUACAUGGGAUUAUCUGAUUGUUCGUCUGUGGACAGCUCAGUAGUGUCUACUGAAUCUGAUGAGAGUAAACGUAGUACUCUGAAUCUGAAGGCCACAGAACUGAGGCUUGGGCUUCCUGGAUCCCAGUCCCCUGGAAGAGAUCCAGAACUCUGCUUGCUAAGCUCAACUCAACUCGAUGAGAAACCCCUCUUCCCCUUGCAUCCUCUGAAUGAUGGUCACUACUCUUCUUCGCAGAAGACUGUUGGUUCGGGCAGCAAAAGAGGAUUCUCUGAUGCUAUGGAUGGAUUCUCUGAGGUGAAAAUCACUGCUUUACUAAAGGGAAUUGGAUAUUGUUUACUGUUGGAUCUAGUUCUGAUUACAACCCUGUCUUUGGUGCAGGGAAAAUAUCGUGCUAAUUCAGAGGUUUGUGCGAUGCUGUCCCCAAGGCCUUCUUCAAAUUUUGGACUAAAAACUGGUUCUGUGCUUGAGAACCUUGGGACUCAAUCACCUAAUGCAAAAGAAGUUGCACCACCAAAGAUUGUACAAGACAGGCCUCGUGCUGCCAAUGAACCCAGACCGAGUCAUAAUGGUGCUGCAAAUGGUAAUAGCAGUGCACCUGCUACCAAGGCACAGGUGGUUGGUUGGCCGCCUAUAAGAUCGUAUAGGAAGAACUCGUUGGCUAGUUCAAAGAACACUGACGAAAUUGAUGGAAAAGCAGCACCUGGCGCUCUGUUUGUCAAGGUCAGCAUGGACGGUGCUCCUUAUUUGAGGAAAGUAGACUUAAAAAAUUACUCUGCAUAUAAGGACCUGUCUUCUGCUCUUGAGAAGAUGUUCAGCUGUUUUACGAUUGGUCAAUAUGGAUCUCAUGGAACUCUGGGCAAGGAGAUGCUGAGUGAGAGCAAGCUGAAAGAUCUGCUUCAUGGCUCAGAAUAUGUUCUUACAUAUGAAGAUAAAGAUGGUGACUGGAUGCUUGUCGGGGAUGUCCCCUGGGAGAUGUUUACAGAUACAUGCAAGAGGCUGAGAAUCAUGAAGAGCGCCGAUGCCAUUGGCCUAGCUCCAAGGGCCAUGGAGAAGUGCAGGAACAGGAACUAGCUAGCUCUGACAUGAUUAAUCCUAUCCUUCGAGCAGUCUACCAGAUAUCAUGACAAGGCGGCAGAAAAGCGAAAUUAACCAGAUAUUAGUUGGAGGAUGAUGAAUGGUGGGUUGUUGGACUGGAUCGGAGAUCAUGAGUUAGCUGGCUUUAUUGUUACCAUCUUUAUAUUUUUUGUUGCCAUGGAAUUAAUGUUCUGUUUAAGGUAUGUUUCUAGUUUAUUCAUAUGUAACACUGCUAAGACCCUAUAUACAUAUAUAUGUGGGAGUACUGCAGUUCUCUCUGGCCAAGUUCCUGUUCUGAUACAGGAUCGUUAGUAUGUAAAGUUGCAUUGUUUGUGAACUCUUAUAUGUAUGUGUGUAUGAUCAAAAGACCUCCCAAGUUUUCUGUCA